AUCAUCAUCAAGUUGGAUUUCACCUACUGCGUCUGCUAGUUCUGCCACCGGCAGGGGCUCAUGCACCAGCCUGAAUUGCAGCCUCCACCACCGGAGCCUGCACUGGCGCGCUGCCUCUUUGGGUGGCUCAGGUGGAAUGGUUGGUGGUGCUGCCUGGCCGAUCGACCGUUUGGCCGACAUGUCUGACUGGCGGCCGCCCAGUCAGACAUGUCCAGUGAAGCCCGUCUCCGAGGCGUGAGCAGCAAAGAAAACGGGGCAUGGCUGGAAGCGCUCCCAGCGGCAUCACUGGGGAAUUUCCUGAACGAUACCACACUUAGAAUCGCAGUCGGCCUGCGUCUCGGAGUACCGAUCACCACACCACACCGUUGCAACUGCGGUGAAUGGGUAGACUCACGAGGAUAUCAUGGUCUCAGUUGCAAAAAAAGCCGGGGCCGGAAGUCCAGACACAGCUGCCUCAAUGCCACCUUAAAGCGCGCCUUCGCUUCAGCAGGUAUUGAAACGGAACUGGAACCACCCGGUAUCUUCCUGGCCAAUGGUAAGCGCCCCGACGGAGUGACGUUGGUACCGUGGGAAAGAGGAAAGAUGUUGACCUGGGAUGCUACAUGUGUGUGCACAGUAGCUUUGUCGCACAUCGCGGCAACAUCGAAACAAGCGGGAGCAGCCGCGGCACGCGCAGAGCAGGAUAAAGUGGAGAAGUAUCCCGACAUCACACCGGAUUACCUGUUCCGUGCAGUAGGCGUCGAAACACUCGGACCUUUGGGACCAGACGCCUCUCGCAUGGUCACCGAGCUCGGGCAGAUGAUACGCGAAGAAACGGGCGAGAUACGGGCGAUUGAGUAUCUGCGCCAGCGGUUCAGUAUUGAAAUUCAACGCGGGAAUGCGGCCUCCGUCAUGGGAACAGCACCAGCAUCGGCUAAUUUAGAUGAGAUGUUCUGUGUAAUUAGACCGUCUGUUUCUGUUGUCGGUUGAGGCUGUGGAUUAAGUACAUCUUUAUUAUGAUAGAAAAAUAGUGUGAGUUUUGUAUACCGCCAA